CUCCAUCCGUGCACGCACACGCACACAACGUACAGCCAGCAAAGGAUUGUGGAUUUCGAUUCCUCUUAUUGCCGUUUAACACCAAAUACUAUCAACAAUUUGACAUGAUCAAAUCACGGUUGAUUGAAAACGCCAAAUCUAGUGUACGACUUUAGAUAAUGCCGUGAUAUGCUAUGUGCCGCCACAAUUACAAUUUUGGACGGCGCAAAUGAGGAAGUGCACAUUUGGGGGUUCUUCAUUCUCGCGUAGCUUCAUGCGAGUGUCCAAAUGUUGGCAACGUCGUGCACGCGGUGGUUCCGCAGGUAUGAUCGCUCGAUAGCCGGGAGCAAACUCCACCCAAAACACGCACACGCGCACACAACCUGUGGCCGAGUGCGGCGCUAAAAUACGUGCUGCUCGCACAGAGUCGCGUGGAGAAAAGUUGUGUGGGUCAAAGUCCGGCAGCUCGGGAGCAAGCGGGACGUGCGCCGAAGACAUGCUUCAAACAUGGCCGUAGUUGCAGCGAGCGUGCAGGAAAGUGGAUUUGUGGAGGUUUUGGUGCGGGCUCGCUGGCACAAAGUUUGGGUGCACUUAAACGAGGAGGCGCUCACGUUGAGCUGCGAGGACGACGCCGUCAACUCCAACGGAGUCGUCACCAAUGGAUCCUACCUCGACAACAACAACUCGAACAACGGUCCGAGGCUGCCGGACCAGCUCAAACCCGUGCCGGAGACCAUCGCCAACAAGAAGCGGUGCGUUAAGGUGACCAAGCAGGACGUCGGCGGACUGGGGAUCAGCAUUAAAGGCGGCAGGGAGAAUAAGAUGCCCAUCCUGAUCAGCAAGAUCUUCAAGGGGUUGGCUGCGGACGAGACGCAGGCUCUGUACGUUGGGGACGCCAUCCUGUCCGUGAACGGGGUUAACCUGAGGGACGCGAGCCACGACGAGGCGGUGCAGGCGCUCAAACGGGCAGGCAAGGAUGUGACCCUGGAAGUCAAGUACAUGCGAGAGGCUACCCCGUACGUCAAAAAGGGCUCACCUGUGUCAGAGAUCGGAUGGGAAACCCCCCCGCCUGAGUCGCCGCGUUUCGGCGGCACUCCUGUCAUCACCUCCUCUUCCUCCACGGAGACUCGAAGCCCUCCUCCUCGAAGCCCUCCUCCUCUUCAGCCCUCCCUGUCCCUGCAGGGCAACAGAAGAUGCAUUCCACUUAAAAUGUGUUACGUAACCCGAGCCAUGACCACAGCCGAUCCAGACAACAGACAAGUGGAGUUGCACUCCCCCGAUGCCAGGCACACCGUGGUACUGCGGUGUCCAGACCAAUCAUCAGCCCUCACUUGGUUCUCUGCGAUGCAUACCGUCACAUCCACACUGACACAGCAAGCACUAGCUGAGGUGAUUCAUCACACAACCAGGUCAGGGGUUGCUGGCAGCAAGGAGAUUCGACACCUGGGAUGGCUGGCAGGCAAGCAAAGCGAAAGCGAGAAGCAGUGCUGGAAGCCUUUGCUGGUGGUGGUGACGGAGAAAGACCUUCUGCUCUAUGACAGCCUGCCUCGGAGCAAGGAGGCCUGGCACAGUCCCGCACACACAUAUCCUCUUCUUGCAACACGUCUGGUGCACUCUGGGCCUGACAUGAGUUCUCCUUACUCGGGCACAGAGCUCUUUUUCGCCACUCGAACCGGCACUCGCCUUGGAAUCGAGACUCAUCUUUUCCGGGCUGAAACAAGCAAGGAUUUAUCCCUGUGGACUCGACAAAUAGUCAAUGGCUGCCACGCAUCCGCCGAGAUGAUCAAAGAAGUCAGUACUAGUUGUCUUUACCUGGGUCAGGAGUGCCGACUGGUGAUCCACUACGAGCAGGGCUUCUCCGUGUUGGCUGAACCCAAACCCCGUGACAGUGAGAAUGGAGACGAGGGCCGACCCCUUACGCCAACCAAAAAACGAGUGCUCCUAUCCUACCCUUACGAAAAGCUGAGGAUGUCAUCGGACGAUGGCGUUCGGAUGCUAUUCCUGGACUUUGGAGGAAAAGAGGGGGAGAUUCAACUGGAUCUCCACUCAUGUCCCAAGCCAAUCGUCUUUAUCGUCCACUCCUUCCUCUCCGCUAAGAUGUCCAGGCUGGGCUUAGUGGCCUGAUCGUGACCCCCGAAUGGAUUUCUGUUAUUGUGUGUCCACAUCUCUGCAACCCACAUGCAGAAUACGACAUUGAGUCCAAGAUGGAGCCUCUCUUUGGUCAAAGUAACAAUGAAAAAACACUUUGAGGGUUCCUGGUCAUUUGUUGAAGAGCUGUGAAGACUGAAAAGUGGCGUCAGAGAGCAAAACCUCGAGAGGAGUCGAAGCAGAAUGAUGGAUGUGACAAAUGUGAAGAACGAUAGGGCAUUACUGACAUAUUCACGACUUUUGUUUUGGUUAAUAUUGUCGUAAAUUGACUUCAUUUACUAGUUUUAUUUAAUUUAUUGAUGAUCUCUGUGCAAACUUUCAGAAUUUCACUCUGUUUUCUGUUUAUCGUUUUAGCAAUGUUAGCAUUUCUCAUCAACCAUAUAAUGCACACAAAAUGUUAUUCGGCUUUUGGGUGAAACUUAAAGAUAAACUGAAAAUGCGCUUUAACUUUUACAGGUGAAGUUCAUUGGAGCUUCAGUAGACUUGAAUGCACUUGUGCAGCUAUUCAGUAGACUUUUGCACAACUUGCUGCUCUCUAUUUCGAAGGAGCUAAAUGGCACACUUCCCAAACGCAGCACUGUUGCAACAUGCCGAUGGCGCCCUGUGACACUUAAAGCUCAGUGUUGAUCAGUUGCGAGGUGUCAUGAUGUACAAAUGUCAGCAACAUCUUUAAAUAGCAAAUUCUCUCCGGCGCAAAUAAUUUAUUUGUGCAUCCAUGGAUCAAAAACUUCUUGCCUGUCCAACUCGUUGUUCGGGAACAGUAAGUUGUGCAAAGAGCACUGAAAAAUUGGACAGUUAAGCGUUUGCAUUCAAAAUUUUACUCAAGGUCAAAUUGAGUCAACUUAAAUUUUUUAUAAAUAGUACACUGGCGAUUCAUCCUGGAAUUUUCAUCCAAAAGCCAAAUAUACUUAACAUUUUGUGAGAAAUGUUACGUGUAUUUCGCUACGAUGAAGUCUUAUCUUCCCAGAACAGAAAACUCAGUUAAGUGUAAUUACGUGACGGUAUUGCUUUAAAAUGUUGUCAUUCAAAAGCCAGCUGUGCUUUAUAUUACAGUGUUGUGACUCAAAUUAUAUUUUUGGAGCUCCAGUGUCUCACCGAUUAAUGUAGCUAUACCACUGGCACAAAUCCGGCUGUCUGUUCCUUACAACUACCGGUAAUCAUGCAUGCAUAUACACUGUUCAUCUUGAAAUGAGGGCGUGAUUGUUUUUUGCCAGCAAAGUACAAGCACAAAUAUUGAUGUGAUUGUAUUUGAGGCCCCAUGAAAAAAGCAACGACAUGAAAGCUAAGGACUAUGUAGGGUAUGACCACUUUACUGUCAUCGCUCUACUGGUCAAAGAUUUCAACUGUUCUUAAAAGGAUUUUUUUCUGCCUGGAGCAAUAAAAACAAUCCCAUUAAUUACAUCCUGUAGAUCUAUUUUAUUCUGAUCCAAAGGUCAUCAUGGUCGUUUUGUCUUUGUCGGCCUUCUCACGAUUUCUUGUAGUGACAGCAGGUAGCUAACAUUCCAUUUAAUUAUGUAUUGUAUGGUGGCCUGGAUCUUAUUCUUUUUUAUUUGUAACACACUGUACUGUACAUGUAACUGAGGGUGUUAAUGUGACAAAAUUCACCUUCUUACACCACAUUAUCUUAGAGCGGAAGCUCCAAAGUCAAACAUACAAUUCGAAGUAAAAUCUCCUCGCUGGCCCCUCCCAAAAAUGAAGAUUCAGUACUUUGCAAACACCUUCCUAUUCCCUCUCCAUUAUGUUACAGAGAAAUGACUUUGUUUUGUUUUUAGUGUUUUUAUACAGUUGAAAAUAUCUGCCUGUAGAACAGUGGUACCUUUACUUACGAACAUCUGUCUCUUCAUAUGAAAUUUUCAAGUUACGAAACAUCUCAACAGAAAAGUAUUGCCUCUUGUUACGAAAGAAAUGUCAAGAUACGAAAGAUUAAUAUACAGUAUGGCCUGCAACUCACAGCUCCGAGUUUUCUGAACGCAACAUAUUCAUAGCUGCUCUGUCAUUGGCUAUGACCGAGCAUCAUCCUGGUAUCCCAUUGGCUAUGCAGCGUCCUCAUCAUUCGCCCCUCGGACCAUGAGGCGUUCCGAUAGUUUUACGGAAAUGAAUCACCCAGAAAAAGUGUUCACCAAUCGGGCGAUCGCUCACUAUGCUGAUAUUUGCCUAGGACAUUAUCGAAGGAUUGUUAAAAGCAGACAAAAGCAAACAUCCUUGGAUCAGUUCUUUACAAUACUCCAGCCAAAAACCACUUCUUAGAGAGAAGAUGAACUAGAGAGGGCAAAAAACAAUGAGGAUGCAGUUAAAAGUUCAAUGACCAUAAUUUUUAUUCUUUAUUUUUUACAUGAUGCACAGCUGUCAUUUAUUGUGCGUUAAUCUAAUUGUAUCAUGUAUUUGAUGCACUUUUAUGUUUUCUGAAACAUUUAUGUCUGAAUUUGGGUGGGCUUGGAACGGAUUAGGGCAUUUGCAUGGAAAUCCCAUCUCUAAUUACAAGAUUUUAUCGUUAAGAAAUUUCUUCCAGAACCAAUUCAUUUCGUAAGUAGAGGUACCACUGUAUUAUCAUGGUCACAGUUUGAAACUGAGCUAUAGUCAUUCAAUGACAGUGGCUGGUUUUACACGGCAUGAUUCACUGGAUACAAUUCCCAUUCAUGUUUUUGUCUUCGGAAAAUGAACGUGUUACUUGUCAUGUGCAUGGAAAUAGUAAAUUAUGUUGGGGAAUUUUGAAAUUGAAACAAAAAGAGUCACUUCGCAAGGCUUUGUUGGACUUUGGAGGUACAACUAUAUAUAUAAAAAAACUAACUUGAAAAAAAAAUCUAUGUAUUUGUGGGGGGUCAUGGUCUUGUUGAACUGCCUUCAUUUCACGCUGGCCACCCAGACAAGAUCAAAAUGAUGAUCUUUGCGCAAACCUCAAUUACAUUCUGCUAUUCAUACAACUACUGCCAGCAGGGGGGUGGGCGGGGGCGAACAUCUUUAAUUCACCAAAAUAAUACUAAUCAAAGACGGGAUACUAUAAUUAAGUAUAGUUUGUAGGACUUUCACAGUGAGGCAAUCAAGCAUUAACGCAAACACUGCAACCACGUCAUUCUUGUGCCUUGGAAACGGAUCGUUUUGGGAGGAAUACCUCAUAGGAUGAAAGCGGAGUAACAUUGUGUCUCUAAUUUGUCACAUUGGCAGCAAUCAUUUGAUGUUUUGAGUUUUCACAGCUUUGUUCUCUUUUGUUAUGCACUGUAAUGAUGAUUUGACAACAUGUUUUGCGUCUUGCUCACUUGAUCGUUACACAUCAUAAAGGCACUGCAACAAUUGUAUAACAGCAACGAAUGCCACAAUCACAAAGUGGGCAGUGAGAGGUUUUAAGCUGCUUUGGAAUAAUGCCUUCAUCUGUCAUGCUGAAUAACAAAUCGAUGUUUUUAAGUCAAUGGAUGCACAUAAAUGACAUAUUUAAAAUGGA